AUGAUAUUUAUUAUAUACCUUAUUUCAUUUUGUAUUGGAAGUGAAAUAUAUAGAAUUACACCAAAAACUUUUGAGAAAGUUACUACACAAACAGAUAUUUUAAUUCGUUUUUGUCCAAUGUAUGAAAACGAAUGUAGAGAAACACAAUCAGCAUAUGAAGGACUUGUAGAUACAUUUGAAGAAUUUGAAGAUAUUUCAUUUGGAGAAUUUGAUUGUACUAAAAAUGCUGAUUGGUGUGAUGAACAUGGAUUUAAAAGAAGGUUUCCCAUUUAUGUAGCAUAUACGACAGGACCAUUAGGAAUACAAAUAUUCCCAGAUGAUCAUAAUGUUAAUGAAUUAUCCAAAUUUAUUAAUACAGUAUUUAAUAUAUCAAAAAUACAAUAUACUACAUUAUUAACUGAUAAAACAUUUAAUAAAACAAUUCUUCAAGAUCCAAAUUCAGAGGCAUUAGUUUUAUUUUAUGAUUAUUGGUGUCCAUUUGGAAGAGAAUAUUCAAAAUAUCUUGAAAAAGUAGCUAAAAACUAUGGAAAUGAAAAAGAUCUUGUUAUUGCAAGAGUUGAUUGUUCAGUUUAUCCUAAAUUAUGUAAACAACAAAAAGCAACAAUGUUACCACAAUUUGAAAUGUUUACAUUUAAUAAUAAAUCACCUUUUUGGGUAUAUCCAGAGAGAAGUAUUGAAGGUUUAAUUAAAUUUAUUAAUGAAAGAUUUCAUAAGAAUAGAGAUAUUGAUGGAUUAAAGCCUUCAGACUUUGGUACUUGGAGAGAAUUUGAUGAAGUUGCAAAAGGAUAUCUUCAUUCAAAUGAUAAAGAAAAAAGAAAAACAAAAUGUGGUGAAUUUAUUUUAGGUUCUGUUUAUAUUGAUAUUAUGAAAAAAAUUGACCAAUUAAAUUCUGACGAUUUUAUUCCUUCUGAAAUUUCUCAAUUAGAAUUUAAAUUAAGAAAUCAACUUCCUUAUUUAUCUCCAAAAGAAAUUGAUGAUUUACAAAGAAGAAUUAAUGUUUUAAAGAAAUUCAUUUAUUAA